AUGCCGUCCAUGUUCAUCCUCUUGAAACCCUUCCUGAUCACCGUCAUCGCGGGCACCGGCCUUUACUUCAGCUUUCUCGGCCUUCUCACAAUUCCUUGGCUGCAAGACCAUGUAAUAUACCUGCACCGUGUAACCUUGACCUGGUUCCAGGAUGUCAACGUGCCAGAGCAAUGGGGCUUUCUCCGGAAUCAAGUCACGCCUUUUUACCUCAACACGCCCGACGGUGAAACCUUGCACGCAUGGCAUAUACUCCCGCUGGAGAUUUACCGCAAGAAUGAGAAGGCGCUGAGGGAUGAAGCUGCUGGCUUGUGCUAUGAUGUAAAGAAAAGAUUAUCAUUCAGGCUCCUGAAAGACGACCCAAGCGCACGAUUGGUGAUAUACUUUCAUGGAGCCGCAGGGACGUUGGCAUCAGGCUGGCGGCCGCAGAGCUAUCGUGCUAUCUCAGCCGCCGCCUCUAACGUUCACAUUCUUGCGAUCGACUACCGUGGCUUCGGCACCAGCACUGGAUGGCCCUCCGAAGCUGGUCUUUUAACGGACGCUCUCACCCUCGCUGACUUUGCAAUCAACACUGCAGGCAUCCCAUCUGACCGGAUUGUCAUCUUUGCCCAAUCUCUAGGCACCGGGGUUGGCAUAUCUCUUGCGCACCGUCUAGCUCUUCAAUCGCCAUCUACGCUCUUUGCAGGCAUGGUUCUCGUGGCGCCAUUCGCAGACAUACCACUCUUGACUAGGACGUACAGCGUUGCUGGUAUAAUUCCGCUUCUGUCGCCUGUAGCUGUUUGGCCGACGGCGUUGGCCUUUUUGAAUCGAUUCAUCACUACCAGAUUCCCAUCGAAAGAUAAAUUGGCGGCCCUCAUUCGGCACUGCGAAUCUCUCAAGCUGGCAGAGAGAGGCAACAAAUACGAUAUUACCCUCGUUCACGCAGAAGAUGACUACGACAUCCCCUGGGUUCAUUCUGAGAUUCUGUUUUGGCACGCCGUGAAUGCCACACGAGAUCCUGGGGCUAGCAUGAGUUUUGAUGAUUUAGAGACAGAAAAGAACAGGCUGAAGACUAAUCUUGGGGCUGGUGGGUGGGAGGUGGAGUGGAAAGGCCUAACCGGAGUGGUCAGAGAACAGAUUGUGAAGCAUGGGCUGCAUGACCGAAUCAUGAGUUAUCCCAUUGUUAGUCUUGCAAUCGCAAAAGCAUUUCAUAGUCAGAGAGGCUAG